ACUAUUUAACAGAGCACUACACCCAUAAAACUGAGUACACGAGACUACUGAACACUCGUGAAUUAUAUAUUGACUACAAUAAUUUUAUAGAACUCGUUUUUCCACUGAAAAUUCAUAACAGUGUUACUGACCCUUUGUUUCUUUUAUGUGUGAAUUCAAGACAAUGGAUAAGAAAUAUUUAUGUGUUGUUUUAUUAUUUGUUGGAUUAUGUCACGGGGUGAGCGAAGCCUCUGAUUGCACUGCUCGUGGAAGAUUUCCAAAUGAUGGAGCUGGUGACUGUCGAGGCUACACUAUUUGUCUGAUGGGCGGCCUUACGAACUUCACACAAUACAAGCUGAAUUGCCCAGAAGGCUUCGUUUACAGCCACUUAGAAUAUCAAUGUACGAACGCCACCAACUACCAAUGUUACCCGUCCUUCAACUGCAGUUCUGUCGGUAACUUCGUUGUUCCUGGCAGCUCAGAUUGCUCAGCGUUCAUAGCUUGCCCUGAAGGCCUAUUAGGAAUAAAUACUGCCAGAAAAGUCUUAUGUCCACCUGAUACCCUCUUCAAUGUAACCGUUGGUGCUUGCCAGAAUAGCACUGAGUUUUCUUGUACACCAAAAGUGCAAUUAGACGUAUUAGAAUUACAUGACAAAGGAAACAAUGCUGCUAAAAUUAGUCCACAUUUCCUAUGUUCAGUGCUUUUGUUGUUACCAGUUUAUUUGCAGUAAUGAGGAGGGAUAUUACUUAGACUGUGUUUAGCCUUUAGCUUGAUUUCGUAAUAUACUGUAUUUUUUAUUAAAUAAACAAUAAUAAAACGAA